AUGAAACCCAGGGCUUCCAGAUGUUCUUCGGCACCACUACCAACGCCAUCGACGGUCACGUUCGUGGAGUUUAUCAAGAGAUUGGGGAGAAAGAACCCCGUGGAGCCGCCGGGAGCCGUCAGAAUCUUCUUCCUCUCCGUAAUCUUCCUCUCUUUCUUCCUCUAUCUGGUGUACUUCCUCAGCCCCGAGGGCUCAAGUGGCCCGGCUCUGCUUCGGGACCCUCCACGGCCGCAGCAGCUGCAGCAGCACGGGAGGAAGAAAGAGGGAGAGGACUGUGACUUGUUCCAGGGGAUGUGGGUAUGGGAUACGAACUACCCUUUGUACAAGCCCUCGGAGUGCACCUUCUUGGACGCCGGUUUCCUCUGCUCCAAGAACGGCCGCCCCGACCGCACCUACACAAAGUGGCGGUGGCAGCCCUCCAACUGUGACCUCCCCAGGUUCUCUUUCUCUUCUCGCUCUCCCUCCCUCUCCCUCUCUCUCUCUCUCUCUCUCUCCUCUGUCCUCGCUCUCGGUCUCUCUCUUGCUCGCGCUCCCUCUCUCUCUCUCUCCCUCUCUCUCCUCUCUCUCUCCUCUCUCUCUCUCUCUCUCUCUCUCUCUCUCUCUCAGGUACGUAUACCUCCAUAAUGGGUUUCCUACACAUUCUGCGAUUGAUUCUCUCCGAACCCUCUACGCAUCCCCCUCCUCCAAGUCGUCUUCUUACUUCGGUUAUUCCUUCUGUUUCUGCGUCAUCUGUUGGGCUCUCAAGGUUCGACGCAAGGGAGAUGCUAGAGAGGCUCCGUCACCGGCGCCUUGUGUUUGUGGGCGACUCUAUCGGGAGAAACCAGUGGGAGUCCCUCCUUUGCAUGCUCUCCGCUGCCGUCCCCGACAAGAACUCCAUCUACGAACUCCGGGGCAACCCCAUCACCAAGCACACCGGCUUUCUUGCGUUUAACUUCAGCGGCUUCAAUUGCACCAUCGAGUACCACAGAGCGCCAUUCCUCGUGCCGCAGGCUCGCCCUCCUCCGGGCUCGCCGAAGAAGGUGAAGACCACGCUCAGGCUGGACGCCGUGGAUUGGUCUUCUUCCCGAUGGAAGAACGCCGACGUGCUGAUCUUCAACACCGGGCACUGGUGGAACCAAGAGAAAACCAUCGGAAGGUGAUCCGAUCCCUCCCCCGCUACUUCUCUAUGUGUCCUGCUGAUUGGUAUUUGAGGACUGAGGCGGCCCGGUUCUUCCUUUUUUAUUUAUUUUUAUUUUACAGUGGGUGCUACUUCCAGGUGGGCAACCAGGUCGACCUGGAGAUGACCGUGGAAGCCGCUUAUCGGAAGUCGAUCGCGACGCUGUUCGACUGGAUGCGAAGGGCGGUGAAUAUGAGCAAGACACAAGUAGUUUAUCGCACGUAUUCACCGGUGCAUUUCAGGUAUGCCGACCAGAUUUUACACGAACCAGUUAAAUACUCAACCCACUGAACUAGAUUUGAUGUUCGUCUCUAUCAAAAUCGUUGGGCAGCAAAGAAGGAAAUAAUUGAUGAUCAUCCUGCGAUAAAUAAUUUUCCAUUAGUUUUACCUUUUUGCGUUAUAUGUAUGCUCAUCUCCUAUGAUAAAUAAUUUAUAUAAACCCGGGUUUGAGUUUUGAGUUUCACGGACCAAGGAACACAUUAGUAUUGUUAAAAGAAAAUAAAAAUUAUAUUCAAAUCAUUCUCUUCCAGUAGAUUACGAGGACCUGCCAUCAGGUAAAUACUUAGGAAAAUUAUGUUUCUAUGGCAAAUAUUUUUCUGUAGGUCGAUUUCUUAGAAACCCAAGUAGCAUAAUCAUGACGUAGCUAAUUUUCUGGAAAUUUGCUUCAACAUUCCCAACUUCCUGAAUAAACGACUGUGAAGCAUUUUUCAUCCUAUAAAGCAUCAAUAUCUAUCUAAACAUGUACUAAUCUCAGAGUAACAUUGAUUUUUUUCAGUGGUGGAGGAUGGAGGAAGGGAGGGAGCUGCCAUCAAGAAACGCUUCCCGAUUUCAGUGCUCCACCAGCAACAUCAGAGCCAUGGCUUCUGCAGGGCGUUGGGGAGGUGAUUUCGGAGAGGAUCCUCAGCGGAUCGCCAGCAAAGUUGAGCGUACUGAACAUUACGGAGAUGACUGCCCAGAGAAAGGAUGGUCAUCCUUCAAUAUACUAUCUUGGUCCCACGAACUCUUCACCAACCCACAGACAGGACUGCAGCCACUGGUGCCUCCCCGGUGUGCCGGACACAUGGAAUGAGCUACUCUACGCCCUUUCCCUGAGAUGGGAUUUUGUAAGCCCCCAGAAGAAGAAAGCGACCCCAUUGGCGUUUGGAGGCUUGAGAGUGGAUUAG